AUGCACUUGAAAACAUAUCAUAUCGCUGUCAUUGUUCUCUUCAUCGGCAUGUCUAGUGCUACUUUAGCAUACGAUCCUAAAGGUGGAAGAAAGACCCUUGUGAACCAAGUGUCCAAUUCGAACCCAACCGGGGCUUCUGGUUCAGCCCAUGGUCCGAACUGGGACUAUAGCUGGGGCUAUGGGUCAAGCCCUGGGAGCGGUUGGGGUUACGGGUCAGGGUCAGGCUCUGGUUAUGGCUAUGGGUCUGGUAGUGGUGGAGCUCAUGCCGGAGGGUCUGGUUAUGGCUAUGGGUCUAGUGGUGGUGGAUCUCAUGGAGGAGGCCAUGGUGGUGGUGGAGGAAGUGUCCCCGCCGGCCACGGAUAA